ACAUAGGCGAGUAGGUAGCCACCUUUAGUGAUCGACUUCUACACUAAAUAGAACCUUCCGUCUAACAUCUGCUCUCUCAUCACAAACUUCCUAGAUUCUCGCUACGGCCGUUUGUCUUCUCCCUAUAUUCUCCUAUUGUAUUUCUUGAGACUUCGCCUUUAUAUUCUUUGUUAGGAUAUUAUACCUCGCCUCUUUAGAACAGAACUUCCAAAUUUGCCGAAAGCGUCUUAACCUACCCAUAGUUCCACGUGCUGGUGUUACGGGCAUUACCAGAUCAUCGGGUCGCGCACUGCAUCUCAACUCCAUGUUCUCAUAACCAUCUUUUAUUUAACCUGUCGAGGGAGGACGGGCUGCUGCUGGCACAAGGAGACGUCGUGCUGCAAGAUUUAAGACAAAAUCUGGCCCAUCAUGAAGGUAGCUGAGGUCGAUAAUGAUACGAGGGGAUGGAUCAUGUGCCUAGUGAGCGGCGUUGCUUGCAUGAUAGGAUCCUGUAUCAUCUACGUCGAUGAAGUCGUACGGCUUUUCCCCGGGCAGAAGGACUUCCGAAUACAAGACAACAAUACCUUUCUCGCUUGUUCAUUAAGCUUGAGCUUCGGCGUCAUGAUGUUUAUGUCAUUAUACAGCAUGUUGCCCGAAGCAAAGGAUUAUCUUAAAAAGGGGGGAUUUCCGGACCAGGCAGCGGGCUUCAUCUUGAUUGGAUGCUUCGUCGGUGGUUUCGUGGGAAUACAAAUACUUUCGAGAUUAUUUCACCAAUUUCUACCCUCACAUGUCGUCGAUUGCGAUCACAGCCAUGACGAUCAUGCUUUAGAUGGCCACAACCAUUCAGAUGAGAAUGGCUUUAGUCGAAGGUUAUCAUCUCAUGCUCAUAGCGUUGGUAGGCGCCCCCAGUCUAUGCAUGUCCAUUUCCACGCUCCAAAGCACAGUGCCGGCGAGAAUGGACAUGCCAAUGAAAUUACGCCGCUACUCUCUAGGGAAGUCUCAAAUGAGUCGCAUCCUGUACGGCCGCUGAGGAGAGCGGAGACUGCCGGUCCUACAGAGACCGGCCCUCAUGCUAUUGUGCGCGGAACUCGAAGUCGGACUGCGACGUCGGACAGACGACCAUCGAUGUUGCAGAAGCGGGUUAUGUCUUUCGUGAAGGAUACCAAACCGAACUGCGACGAAGCUGGCCCCUGCUAUGGAUAUUCGGAUCCGUGUGGCCAAGAAUGUUUUAAACACCUUUCCAGCCGAUCCGGGCUCCUAUCCCGAGUCGGUACCACUUUACUUCGUACUACUACUACGGCUGGGCAUAGCGACUCGUGUAUAGAUACCGUGGAAGAAGUUGGCGACCACGAUAGUUCUACUCCUGUAAGUCCUACGUUUCGGUCGAGCCGAGCACAUUCCCAUGACCCCGAUCACCACGAGAACGCAUGUUUCUCGGAGACAUCCGAAGACCUCGAAUCCCAACACCAUCACCACGUCGCCGAAAAUGCGUUCUUGUCUAUUGGUCUACAGACCUCCAUCGCCAUUGCGCUGCACAAGUUCCCCGAAGGCUUCAUCACCUACGCCACGAAUCACGCGAAUCCGUCUCUGGGUUUCAACGUGUUCCUGGCGCUCUUCGUACACAACAUCACCGAAGGCUUCGCGCUCGCCCUACCUCUAUAUAUGGCGCUGCAUAGCAGACUCCGCGCCAUGGCCUGGGCCUCGAUCCUCGGGGGCCUGUCGCAGCCCCUCGGCGCUGGCAUCGCUGUGCUAUGGUUUAAGCUGGCGCAGCAUCAUUCCAACUUCGCCCCCGACGCCGUCGCCUACGGCUGCCUCUUCGCGGCCACCGCCGGCAUCAUGGCCUCCGUCGCCCUCCAGCUCUUCGUCGAGAGCCUGAGCCUGAACCACAACCAGAACUUGAGCAUUCUGUUCGCGUUCCUCGGCAUGACUCUGCUGGGCGUCAGCAACGCUUUUACCGCGCACGCGCACUAGCACGGAGUCAAUUUGAUCUGGAAGGUACAGACGUGAUGAGGAGGGGGGUGAAGAAGAUGAGGAGAAAGUCUGUGCGUCUUAAAAAGAAUUAUAGGUAGCUGAAAAUCCUUUCCUUUUUUUAAUCUUGGGUGGCUGGGUAGGGUACCUAGGUAACAUUACUGGACGGGCAUCGGGAUCGGGCUGGUGGUUAAGGGUUUAUCGAUUGGCGGCAUCUUGCAUGCUCGGGCGUCCUUCGGUGGUCUUCUUUUCGCGGGUUACGAGGUCAUGUUGGCGAUGUACAAAUGGGGAACCGUGUAAGUCGAUCGGUCCGUCUGCGCUGUAAAAAUUCGUAAAAGGGGCAGAGGGACUUGGUUGUAGCAUGGUUCCUCUCAUGCAUAGGUACAAUAACCAGGCUUAGCAGCAUAUUAUAGUGUCAUGGUAAUGGUAUUGGCUCGUACGAAGCCUGAAUAGCGACUAGCACAACACUUCUCAAUCA